CGCCAGCCCAGACUCGGGGACCGCUCGGGCCGGGGUCUGGUCGCAGGCCGGCGGCGUCUCGGUCGUUGCCCGAGUCUGCCGCGGCUCCAUCCCUCUGAGGUGCCCUUGCCGGGGAGGCGGGGCGAUGCCGGGGAACCGGCAGCCGAGGGUCCGCUCCGGGAACGAGCCUGGUCCCGCGCCCAGUAUGGAGCCGGAGGGGCGCGGGGCCUGGGCCCACAGCCGCGCCGCGCUCGACCGGCUGGAGAAGCUGCUACGCUGCUCGCGUUGCACUCAUAUUCUGAGGGAGCCUGUGUGUUUAGGGGGCUGUGAGCACAUCUUCUGUAGUAAUUGUGUAAGUGACUGCAUUGGAACCGGAUGUCCAGUGUGUUACACCCCAGCCUGGAUACAAGACGUGAAGAUAAAUAGACAAUUGGACAGCAUGAUCCAGCUUUGUAGUAAGCUUCGGAAUUUGCUACAUGACCAUAAGCUUUCAGAUUUGGAAGAAGACACAUCUAGGGGAAAUUUAUUUAAUGAUGCAGAAAAUAAGAAGAAUUCAAUAAAAAUGUGGUUCAGUCCUCGAAGUAAGAAGGUGCGAUACGUCGUGAGUAAAGUUUCAGUGCAAACCCAGCCUCAGGUGAUAAAUGAUGAGGGCGCUCGGCAGGCCUCCAUGUAUGAAUUUGUUUCUUCAAGUCCCCCAGCAAGUGUUUCUGAGAGGGCUAAAAAGGCUUCUACAAGAUCUAGAAAAAAACAAAAAAAGAAAACUUUAGCUGAAAUCAACCAAGAAUGGAACUUAGAGGCAGAGAAAGAAGAUGGUGAACUUGACUCCAAAGAGGAGUUUAAGGAGAAGCUGGUGUCUUUCUGCAGCCAGCCAUCUGUCAUCGCUAGUCCUCGGACAAAUGGCGAGAUAGAUUUACUCGCCAGUGGCUCUGUUGCGGAAUCGCAGGGUUGUGGCAGCUUCACUGAAGUCUCUUUACCGUUGGCUGAGCACAUAGACUCUCCAGAAAUGGAGGGCAGGAGUGAAGAUGUGACUCCCGAGAAGAAGCUCUGUGAGGAUCCUUGUGCGUCAGGUCCCAGUGGGCGACGUGGCCGUCGCAGCGGACCGUCCAGUCCCAUCCCUAAGCGAUGCAGGAGCAGCAUUCCUGGCUCCAGCAGACAGCGCAUAGCGCUUGCAGACAACAAACCAUUGCCUGGCUGCUCCUCACCACCCUCGAGCAAACUCAAAGUUGGUGACACUCUGAGGAGGAAAAACAGUAAUGUAUCAGACGAGUCCAUGAGCCUCUCCCCAGGUACACCACCGUCUGCACUGAACAGCCCGAGUUACAGACGGAUGAUGUCCAGCCCCUCAGCAGCGAAGCUGUCACCCACUAGCCUUCUGGCUGUGAAAAGAAAUCAUAGAGGAGAGACUCUGCUUCAUAUUGCUUCAAUUAAGGGCGACAUACCUUCUGUUGAGUACCUCUUACAAAAUGGAAGUGACCCAAAUGUUAAAGACCAUGCUGGAUGGACACCAUUGCAUGAAGCCUGUAAUCAUGGGCACCUGAAGGUAGUGGAGUUGUUGCUACAGCAUAAAGCAUUGGUGAACACCACUGGCUAUCAGAAUGACUCACCGCUUCAUGAUGCUGCUAAGAACGGGCACUUGGAUAUAGUCAAGCUCUUACUUUCCUACGGAGCCUCCAGGAACGCUGUUAACAUAUUUGGUUUGCGGCCUGUGGAUUAUGCAGACGGUGAAAAUAUGAAAUCACUAUUGUUGCUACCAGAGAAGAAUGACUCAUCAUCCACUCGCCAUUGCUCAGUAACGAACACUGGUCAGCGUAGGGAUGGACCUCUUGUGCUUAUAGGCAGUGGGCUUUCUUCAGAACAACAAAAAAUGCUCAGCGAGCUUGCAGCAACUCUUAAGGCUAAAAAAUGUGCUGAAUUUGACAAUACAGUGACUCAUGUCAUUGUUCCUGGGGAUACAGUUCAAAGUACCCUAAAAUGUAUGCUUGGGAUUCUCAAUGGAUGUUGGAUCUUAAAAUUUGAAUGGGUGAAAGCAUGUCUCCAGAGAAAAGCAUGUGAACGGGAGGAAAAAUAUGAGAUUCCUGAAGGACCGCAGCGAAGCAGGCUCAACAAGGAGCAGCUGUUGCCAAAGCUGUUUGAUGGAUGCUACUUCUAUUUUGGGGGAACCUUCAAAUACCAUCCAAAGGACAACCUUAUGAAGCUUGUCGCUGCAGCUGGGGGCCAGGUCCUCAGUAGAAAGCCCAAGCCAGACAGUGACGUGACUCAGACCAUCAAUACGGUUGCAUAUCACGCAAGACCGGACUCCGAUCAGCGCUUCUGCACACAGUAUAUCAUCUACGAAGAUUUGUCUAAUCAUCGCCCAGAGAGGGUUCGGCAGGGCAAAGUCUGGAUGGCUCCUUCCAGCUGGUUUAUCGAUUGUGUGAUGUCCUUUGAGCUGCUCCCUCUUGACAGCUGAAUAUCGCACCAGAUGAACGUUUCAGAUUGAACUCACAUGGUGCGAGAACCCAGCCAUUGCACUGUUUUGAUCAUUCACGUUUUCAUAAAUAGGUAGACUCAUUCAUACAUACUUUUUCCUUGAAUUAAAAAACAAAAGAAGACAAAACUUAACACGCCAGAAUUGGAAUUCGUUCUGUGUUUACCAUUUAGAUGCUGAGAUUGCUUUGAAGGAUUUUUCUUUUUAAAACUGGUGUAUGUUUUGAUUCAUCAUGUCUUUUUAUCAAAUAAUCAACUAUCAAAGAUUAAUGAGAGAGUACCAGAACUAUUGGUCAAAAUACAAGCAGUAUCGUUACUAUCUCAGCCUUUUAAUGUUUUUUGAUGAAAACAGUCCACGCUUGCCAUGAGCAAAAGUAUUUGCCAUCCUUAGUAAACAAAGAAUAUUGUAAAAUAACUGAUUCUGGCUUUAUUGUAGUAGAGUACCUGGUCUGAAUGUACCACCAUAGGUGUUAAAUUAUUCUGUCUACAAUUGUCUUCAUCUUGUGUUGUACUUAGUUUCUUAAAAUUUACGUGGAUGUCAGUUCCUACGUUUUUAUCGCUUUUUAUCUUAUGUAGUCAUCAAGAAAUCAUGAUUUAAACCAUAGCAUUUUUCCUUGGUGGUGAAAAUCAACAUUGGAUUCGUGGUACCUAUUUUUAUUGUAUAUACUUGCUUACAGUUAAUUAUCAAUUUGUGACUGUGUUUAUUACCUACAGUAUAUGUAUAUAUACGUAGAGCAUUUUCUCUAACACAUUUUAGUAUCAGUAUUCCUUAGGUCUCACCAGAUUAGUAAAUGGUCAGUCAGAUGUUAAUUAAAUUAGGGGCCAGUCCUUUUGCUGGUAGACCUCACUACAUAUUGCUAAAAUAAUUGUUUUGGAAGGUCUUAAUUUCUUCUUUUGUGGAGCUUUUUAUUUUCCAUUAUUAGAUUGCUGUGGAGGCAGAAAUUGGGGAUUAUCUGAUUAGAACAGAUUUUGUCCAGGUGGUACAAAAGGCUAUCACAAUAAGUCUAAACGCAGGAGUAGGAAGGGCUCCUAAUCCCAUGACGGGCAGGGCUGCAGAAUAGGAGACACGCCCGAGCCUGGGGAGUCCUGGGGAGGUUACUCUGAUUGGAGCAUCCGUGUUUGUGGAUGAAUCAACAAGAUAAAUGAGCUCAUUUAAAAAUAUUUGUAAGAAGAAUUCUUUAAUAAGUCUAACUGGAAACUAAAUAUACUUCUGAAACAUGGGAAGGGAGACACCGUGGGACCUGCUAUGCUUGGUUCCUGAGGCUGGAGAUUUGUGAAGUACCAGAUGAGUCUGAAGUGAAGGAACACAGUGAGAUUCAUUUAUUUCUAAGUUUGAGAUUCUGCUGAUUAUUUCAAAAUAUAUCUUACUGUAGUUCCUUCUUUGACAUGUCACGUUUCCAUAUCAAGAAACACAUUAUAUAAACGCACUGAUACACUGUGGACCCUAACCCUCACGGAUGGAUUAGCUCUGCAGCCCCCUCCAACCACUAAUGUGUUUGUCCCACAUUUCAUUCUAAUGGAGAAUGAUGAACACCAGAGCGCCAAGCAAUUCUGAGGGGUUAGAUAAUGUCUGGAUUAAAUAAUUCAGGGCUCUCUGGGAUUUCGGUUGUCAUUUUUGAUAUAUAACUGACUUGUGGUCACUGUUGUCUCAUUGGUCACAUUCCUAGACAGGUUUGUGUCUUCCUCUGAUGUGGAUCCCUGUUUGUAAAACAACUUUGGGAGCUGCUGCCUGGUCUCCAUUCAUUUUCUUGGUUUAUCCCCGCUCCCUCGUUGUCCCCGACUAUUAAGCGGUUUUAUUUUGUGUUUUUUUAAAUAUUUAUUUUGACAGCAGUUGAUUGAUGUUAAGCUCUUGAACCUUGUAAUUUCUGUGUAGGUAUGCUUGUAACUGUUUUCAUUUUUUCAAUCACAGAUUCAAGCUUCCCUUUUCUUGACUAUAAAUCAUUAAAGUUAUUUGUGUUUCUGUA